AUGGAAACUCUUCAAUUUCCUCACUUCCAGUCACGAUCUUCUAGAGUACACUUUGCACUGUUCAGAAAUGUAUCCAAUUCUUCCGCCAUAAAAUCGCGCAUCAUCGAAGCCUCGACAAUCGAAGGAGAUCCAGGCGAAAUAGCACGGGAGGCGGUCAAUUUUGCGUUUAUCAGCGCUCGUCUCAUCACGAGCAGGUUGCAUUUGGAGACUGCCAUUCACCAGGCAAUACUAGCUGACUCGCAGAAUGGGCUGCGUACAAAGACAGUCCAUUCAGAGAUUUUGUACAUUAUGAAUCCUACGCAUAAUAUUACUGAGGCAAUCCGACGCUUUGGGGUUUCAAACGAGGAUAGUGAUUUGAUACUCGUUCGGGUAGAUUCGCCAGACCUCAACUCAUCAGAUGUGGAGAAGAAGAUGAGGGAGGUUGUUUCCGGGGAUCUGGUUGCUUUUUCUGAGCUAGAAAAGGUUACAGACUGGGCCUCUGUAAAAAAGUAUUUCAAGCUCAACAGCGAUGUAGCCGUGAAAGGAGCUGCAGGGGAUCCUACCAGAGAGAAGACAAUUGUCGAUAAUAUUGUCAUCAGUUUUGUGGCCAUGAAAAAUGUUAUGCAAUGA